GGGAAUUACUGCCCUUCAUUAAAAACCAGGAAAGUAAAGACCAGAGACGGUAAAUGACUUGCUAAGGUCACUCAGCGGGUCAGUGGCAGACAGACCAGAACUCAGCCCUCAUUGUGCCAGACAUACGGGGCCACGCUGGGAGGACGGGCGCACCAGCCACGUAAAUCUGUGGGCACGUGAGCACACAGGGGGUGGGCCUGUGGCUUCCCCUCUGCGCCCUCUCCCCUUCCCCAAGGCGGGCGGACCGAGUGCGGAGGGGUGGAGGCAGAGAGCGCCCGCAGUCGGAGAGAAGCUGCAGCGAGACCAGGCGAACGGAGAGGCAGAGACAGGCUGCUCUUGCGCUGGAGAGCGGGGGCCACGUGGAAGAACGUGGGGACCAGAAGAGCAGCAGGGACAAGGGAGCUAGCGGGCUCGGAAGAGGGUGGAGCGCCCCCCGUUUCCUAGCCGCUGGGACAGGUUAAUCCCCUGGGACAGCUUGGUGACCUCUCCCUGGAUAUGGAGAUUCUGGUGUUGAUGGAGGGCCCGGCACACCUGGCUCUUGUAAUGGGCCCCAGAGCCUUUAAAGAGCCGGGCAGAUGGGCCUGGGCACGACGCGGCAACUGGCGCCAUGGACGCUGCGCUGCUGCUGCUGCUGCUGCUGCUGGGCCUGCGGGCGCGCGCUCAGCUGACCCCACCGGGGACUCCUGACAUAGUGUCUGCAGGUCUCCCCACCGUCUCUGCGGGUCUCCCCACCGUCUCUGCGGGUCUCCCCACCGUCUCUGGAGAUCUCCCUACUAUCUCUGCGGGUCUCCCCACCGUCUCUGCAGGUCUCCCCACCGUCUCUGCGGGUCUCCCCACUGUCUCUGCGGGUGUUCCCACUGUCUCUGGAGAUCUCCCCACCAUCUCUGCGGGUCUCCCCACCGUCUCUGGAGAUCUCCCCACCAUCUCUGCGGGUCUCCCCACCGUCUCUGGAGAUCUCCCCACCAUCUCUGCGGGUCUCCCCACCGUCUCUGGAGAUCUCCCCACUAUCUCUGCGGGUCUCCCCACCGUCUCUGGAGAUCUCCCCACUAUCUCUGCGGGUCUCCCCACCGUCUCUGCGGGUCUCCCCACCGUCUCUGCGGGUGUUCCCACCAUCUCUGCGGGUCUCCCCGCCGUCUCUGCGGGUCUCCCCACUGUCUCUGCGGGUGUUCCGACUGUCUCUGCGGGUCUCCCCACCGUCUCUGCGGGUCUCCCCACCAUCUCUGCGGGUCUCCCCACUGUCUCUGCAGGUGUUCCCACCAUCUCUGCGGGUCUCCCCACUGUCUCUGUGGGUGUUCCCACCGUCUCUGCGGGUCUCCCCACUGUCUCUGCAGGUGUUCCCACCGUCUCUGCGGGUCUCCCCACUGUCUCUGCGGGUGUUCCCACCGUCUCUGCGGGUCUCCCCACCGUCUCUGCGGGUCUCCCCACUGUCUCUGCGGGUGUUCCCACUGUCUCUGCGGGUCUCCCCACCGUCUCUGCGGGUGUCCCCACUGUCUCUGAGAGUUUCUCAACAGCAUCUUCAGCCUCUGGGGUUUUUCCCAGUGGUCCUCAGACUUCCGCUGCGACUGUUCCCGGCGGCGUCCCAGGAGCAAUGUCCACACCACCAGGACCCGUCUCCCCCACGGCUGCUGGAACUGCUCCGACCGUGCCUGGGACUUCUGCGUCGAGUGUGGCUGUCUCAGGAGGCCCCACUGCCACCACGGCUGGAGCGGCCACCACGUCCCCUGGGCUCAGCGUCCUGACCAGUCUGGAGCCUCAGAAGAAGGACUCUGUCCCAGACUGGGCCAUCGUGCUGAUCACUCUCACUCUGGUGGCAGCGAUUGUCAGCCUAGUGUACGGUAUCAAGAAGGCCUGCCAGUUCCGGAAGGAGAUGAGUCUGGGGUGUGGCUGUGGCUCUGUGACCCCUUACAGCUGCCACCAUGAGGCCACCAGCCAGCGCUAUUCCGUCAAAUGAAAGGCGCCUCCCCUUUGGCUUCCUUCUUCCUCUCGCCAGUGGACUCGUUCCUGGCUCACCUGUCCCUUCACCCUGGCUGGGAGCAUGUCCUGCAGGUGCACUCCGGGCAUCAGCGGCCCCCCAGGCCUCCCCCACCAGCAGCGUGAGGGGGAGUCCACGGUCAGUCGCAAGAUUCUGGUUCCGGACCUGGGAAGGGGCUCCCCCUACACCUCCCUCCACAGGGAGCCCCUCAGGACAGGCGAGGCGAGCGCCUCUGUGCUGGUCCCUUAGGCACUCUGGGAGGGUGCUGGGCACAGUUCUUGCUAA